CACUUACCCAUGGGCCAGUUCGAUCGGUGUCUAUUGUAAACCGGCCAACACGGCCAUCUUGGUAAAAUAGCGGGGAAGUUUAUGGUUGUUUUGUCGCAGCUGUUCUUCAUCCUUUCCUAGUCAGUUCUUCUCUUGUCUUACGAUGGCAACGAGAAGAACCGGGCAGUUAGUUCAGCGUAGUACUGCGACUGGUGGAAUAUCACCAGAAGACAAUCCCGACAUCGAAGGCAACGAAGGUUACGAAAGCGACGAGGAAUCUGGUGAUAGGAAAGAGACGAGACUCACUCUUAUGGAAGAAGUGCUACUGCUGGGGCUGAAAGACAAAGAGGGUUACACGUCGUUUUGGAAUGAUUGCAUCUCAUCGGGGCUGCGCGGGUGUAUGAUAAUCGAACUGGGCCUGAGAGGGCGAAUCGAACUGGAGAAAACCGGAAUGCGACGAAAGAGCUUGCUGAACAGGCGAGUUCUGUACAAGAAUGAUAACCUAACAGGCGAUGUAUUACUGGAUGAAGCCUUGAAGCACAUCAAAGAGACUGACCCACCAGAUACAGCGCAGAACUGGAUUGAACUGUUGAGUGGUGAGACCUGGAACCCCCUGAAGUUAAGGUAUCAGCUUAGAAAUGUCCGUGAACGUCUUGCCAAGAAUCUAGUGGAAAAGGGUGUUCUUACAACCGAGAAACAGAAUUUCCUCUUAUUCGACAUGACGACACAUCCUCUUGUUGAUAGCGUGUCCAAACAGAGAGUAGUGCGCAAAGUUCAAGAAGCUGUUUUAUCGAAAUGGGUAAAUGAUCCUAACAGAAUGGACAAGAGGACAUUGUCUCUCAUCUAUCUUGCACACUCUUCUGAUGUGUUAGAGAACGCAUUUGCUCCACUCUCUGAUGAUGAUUAUGAACUAGCCAUGAAAAGGGUGCGAGAUCUCCUAGAUCUGGAACCUGAAGAGCAAGCACAGAAACCAAAUGCCAACGAGGUCAUGUGGUGUGUCAUCUCGGCAUUCAUUAAAUAAAGGGCCAGUGUUACAUUAGGUAGGAAUUAGCCAGUUAAUUAUCACUAUACACAGGCAAUGACGUCAAUGACAUAUCAAGUAUGUGUAAAUGUACAACCUGUUUGAACUUGCGGUUAGGAUAAGCACUCACUGUUACAAAAUAAUAUUGGUUAAAGCUAGGUACAUGUAGUAUCACUUUUGUAUAAUUAUUAGAAGCCGAGAAUAUAUAGCCUUCUCUUAGCUUAUUGUAUUGAAGACCCCAGACGCACAAAGAAAUUAAGUUUUCAUAUGAAAACAGAGAUUUUUUUUUUCUGAAAAUUGACUUAAGAGGAAGAGUAUUCCAUCUGUGGGAUUUUUUUGUGAAAUCAUGGCAACACUGAUGGUGAUGAUGAGAGGCUGUCAUUUGAAUAAAGUCUGAUGUCAAGGUUUGGUUAUUCUUCCAUGAUCUUUGUUUAAAUCUUCAUUUCUUGCUAUAAGAGGACAUUAAAUCUCUGCUUUCAAAAAUGUGCUGUUUGGAAAACAAUUUGAGUGAACACAAUUAUUGUUUUUCUUAGGUUUUUGCCACUUUCAUGACUAGACAGAGUGCCAAAAACUUGUGAGAUCUCUGUUUUAUGUGAAAGCAUCAUAUGGUAUUGGCUGGGCUAGGCUUACCUUUUGGCAGGUUCUUUUAGGAUCACUUAUCCAUCCUGUCUUUGCAAUCUGCCAUACAGGGCUCAAUGUAUCGUUACGUGUUUUUUCACUCACAAUUAGAUCUUACAUCAACUUAAUAGGAAUGGCAAUUUAAUUGCAACAUUUUGUUUAACCCAGGCAAAUGUUUCCUACUAUAGCACGGAUCAAAUUAGCCACAGGAACUUGUGCACAUUUGCUGCACUGAUAGUCGUACUAGUCUAAUCAAUACAGCGAUAGAUCUAAUGUUGAAUCAAUGGCCACUGGGCGAGUUACUUUGUCAGUUUACCAUCCUGUUGUCAUACUACACUCAUCAAUAUAGGACAUACAGUUGGUACAUAUUUUUUGCACAAUCCACUGUCUUCUUAGCACAAAAAGCCUACUAGGGCAAUAUAUAUUUUUCUAGCUUUGGUUAGUGGUUGUUUGUCUCACAGUGUUGAUGAGCGAUUUACUUAUUGUUUACAAAUGGUGUUAGGAUGUGAGUUACUGGUACCCUCAUUCCUUCAAUUUUAAGUCCAAAAGUGAAAGCCCUGAAAGCCUUGACAGCCUGUCAAAUGGUGCUUGAAUGUCCUUGAAACUCCUAUCGGUCUCACUCAAACUGUUAAAGAUCUCAUUUGUAAUAUAUCUCUGGUAUUUCUGGUGAAAAGUGUAAUAAUAAGAAUGACUCAAAAAUUUUGUGUAGAAGUACAGAUUUUUAAAGUAAUGUGGCUUGUGAAAACUAAAUUUAGGUUCUUUAUUUUUUGGUCUGACAAAAAGGAAUAUCAUGGCCUGACUUGUUGACACGCGAGGAUUGUUAAAAAUAAGAAUAACUGUAAUAUGUACCGGUUUCCAGUAGCUAGCAAGAAAGUGGGUGGUCAAGGAGACCAACAGGAAUGCUGGAUGAUUAUUUGAGUUAGAGGUUAAAGUUAGUUAUGCGGUCACGUUUAUUUAAGUGCAAUUCAGAAUUGUGUAAACCUCAAAAGUAAAUGUUCUAUGGAUUGGUUUAAUGGUACUUAAGAAGUUAAAGGGGCACUGAAGAGAAUGUUUGUUGUCAUAAAUGUAAAGAACAUUCUCUCUAAACCUGAAAAGCUUAUUACAGACAGAGUAUGGGGACGAUAUUUGCAAUUAGCCGGGUUUAGAGAUUGAUGUAAUUUCUCAUACUUUGCUCAUUCUAAGUGGAAGGAGCAGAUGCAAAAUAAGAAAGGUGGUUCUCUUAAAAUUCAAGCUUUUAAAAUUGUAAUUUCAGGCAAUUUACUUUUGUGACCUUGUGACUUGAUAUACACUUGUAAUUGCAAUAACUGACGACCUGGAAGCUAAGAUAGGAGUAGAAACAUAGAUUUUAUCAUUUUUUCCACUGUUAAUGAAAAUACCUGUGCUGUAUUUCCUCAAUUAAGUACUCGCAUAGAAUCAUGCAAUUUCAAAUAUAAACACAUUACUCUUUUUAGAAAAGAUGUCAAAAUGAUUGUAUAAAGAGAAAAGAGAAUGACUCCCAAUUUUCUUGCCAAAAAUAGUUGCUGUUUUAAAGAUAAAGCUGACUCAAUAAAGCUGAUUGAUAACAGAACUUGGCAUUAAGCAUCCAAAGUGGGGCUUAAUCAAGGAAAUACAUCAUGCUCCAUAAAUUGUAAUUUUACUUGUUUUUGAUCUGUGAUCAGAAACAAUUCUGCAAGUUAGCUGUUGUCAGUAGUUGCAAAUAGCAUUCCAUUGUGUGAGAAUUGAAGCCAGUUUCUGUACAGCAACUGUCAGCAGUAAUACUGUUAAGGUAAGGGUAUUUUACAGUGGUAAUGUAGACUCAAUAAAAGAUUUCAUGUUGUAUAUUCA